CCAUUUGUAUGAAUGAUGGCAUAUCAUAUCAGUCUGCUCACAUUCUGGUUUCUAUUAAAUCCACCUAUGUGGUGUUGGUCCACAAACAAAGAUGAGUGCAUCUAUCAGGGAGAAGAGGGGACCCAGAGUUUCUACCAGGAUGGAGAUGUGAUUCUGGGGGGCCUGUUCCCCCUGCACUACAGCCCUGUGUCAGCAGUGUGGUCUUUCCAAAACAAACCUCCACCCACUGAGUACAAGUACUUUGGUGCUCGAGCCCUUAGAUGGAUGAGAACCAUGACCUUUGCUGUGAAGGAGAUAAACCAGAGGCAGGACCUGUUACCAAACCUGUCUUUGGGCUACCACAUUCGGGACAGCUUUGAUGAGAUACCUUUGUCAAUCAAGGGAUCGCUGGUCUUGGUCAAUGGGCAGCCAGAGACUGGACGAGGAGCCAGCUGCACAGAUUUACGCAGGCAGCCUUCUCCAGUCAUCGUGGGAGAUGCUGCAUCAGGGGUGUCCAUGGCUGUGCUGAGAACACUGACCUCAUUCAGUGUACCUGUUGUGAGCUACUUCUCAUCUUGCUCCUGUCUUAGCAACAAGAAGGACUUUCCCACAUUCAUGCGGACGAUGCCAAGUGACCAAUUUCAGAUUAAAGCUUUAGCAAGGCUGGUCCAUUACUUCCAGUGGACCUGGGUGGGGGUCAUAGGUGUGGAGUCAGAUUAUGCUCGCUUUGCCAUUCAGCUCUUUCUAAAGGAAUCGGCCAGUUAUAAUGUCUGCCCUGCAUAUGUGCACAUCUACCCAAUUGUUCUGACCGAAGAAGCACUAAGGGAGCUAAUGAACACCAUUCGGGCCUCCACAGCCACAGUUAUAGUCAGUUUUUCCGCAGAGACAGACAUGCGGACUGUCCUGAAAGAAUGCAGGCGACAAAACAUCACAUAUGUGCAGUGGAUCGCCAGUGAAGCCUGGGCUACCUCGAAGUCCCUUUGGGGUGAUUACAGCAAUAUCUUGCAGGGAACGUUGGGUUUUGCCAUACGGAAAGGGGAAAUCCCAAACCUGGGCAAUUACCUCAGAGGGCUGAACACCUCCACUGUUCAAGCUUCUGAUUUUUUAACUGAGUUUUGGGAGGAAACCUUCAACUGUCGGGUCAAUGGAUCCCUAAACACCCAUAUACACAAAGAGGAUGCCCAGAAGAGGGGACCGUGCAGUGGCAGAGAGAGUCUGGACAAUGUGUACACUUCCUAUGCAGACGUGACCCAGCUUAGAGUGAGCUACAAUGUAUACAAGGCCGUAUAUCUCAUAGCACAUGCCUUGCAUGAAAUGAAUACCUGUGUUCCAGGACAGGGCCCCUUUCAGAACGGGACAUGUGGGAGUUUAAAUCCCCUUCUGCCGUGGCAGCUCCUGAGCUACAUGAAAAGAACAAACUUCACAACACUAGGAGAAGAUGUCCGCUUUGAUGAGAAUGGAGACCCUAUUGCCUCUUAUGAUCUGAUGAACUGGCACACAACAAAAGAUGGCUCGCUACAGCUGAUCAGGGUGGGGUUCUAUGAUGCCUCACUGAGGGAGGACAGAGACCUGGUCAUUAAUGAAUCGGUGAUAGUGUGGCACAGAGGGAACAAGGCACCAGUAUCUGUGUGCAGCAAAAGUUGCCUGCCAGGCUCCAGGAAGGCCAGACGAAAGGGUGAACCCAUAUGUUGCUUUGACUGCAUUCCAUGUGCUGAGGGAGAGAUUAGCAAUGAAACAGACUCAAUUGAUUGUUUGAGAUGUUCAAAGGAGAUGUGGCCAAACCAAGCAAGAGACCAAUGCAUACCAAAAGCCUUGGAGUACCUGUCCUUUCAAGAGCCCUUGGGAAUAGUUCUGUGGUCUGUUUCAACCUUUGGAGCCUGUUUGACUGCAGCAGUGCUUUGCAUAUUUGUGAUGUACAGGAAGACCCCCGUCAUCCGAGCCAACAACAUGGAACUCAGUUUCUUGCUUCUCCUGUUCCUUUGCGCAUGCUUUCUGAUUGGUCUGACAUUCAUUGGCAAGCCCUCCAACUGGCUUUGCCAAAUCAGAUACACUGCCUUUGGAAUCAGUUUUGCACUUUGCAUUGCGUGCAUCUUGGCUAAGACUGUAGUGGUUCUGAUGGCUUUCAGAGCAACCCUACCUGGCAGUGAUGUCAUGAAAUGGUUUGGCCCAGCUCAACAAAGGUCUAGUGUCAUACUGUGCUCUUGCAUUCAGGCCCUUAUCUGCAUCAUAUGGCUAACAAGCAGUCCUCCCUCUGCUGUUUACAACACUGAGUUUAUGAGCGCUACUAUAAUUGUAGAGUGUAACGUGGGGUCUGAGAUGGGAUUUUGGUGCGUUUUGGGAUACAUUGGCCUCUUGGCUUGCAUGUGCUUUAUAAUAGCCUUUUUAGCCAGGAAGCUUCCAGAUAAUUUCAAUGAGGCAAAAUUUAUUACAUUCAGCUUGCUCAUCUUUUUUGCUGUGUGGAUAACCUUCAUCCCUGUUUAUGUGAGCACUCGUGGCAAGUAUAUGGUUGCUGUGCAUGUCUUUGCCAUCUUAGCAUCUGCUUUUGGCCUCCUUUUGUGUAUAUUUGCUCCAAAGUGCUAUGUUGUGCUGCUGAGGCCUGACAAAAACAGCAAAAAGCAUAUGAUGAAAAAAUAAAAAUUCUCCUGGA